UCCCCGGGCGUGCCCUGGCUGGAGAGCCUGCUGGUGGCCAGCAGCCACAUGCUCAAGGAGGUGCUGGACAGCCCCUUCGUGGACCCGCUCAAGAGCCUGCGGCUCCCGCGGGAGCUGAACCCCAACAAGAAGUACAGCUGGAUGCAGAAGAAGGAGGAGCGGAUGUUCGCCAUGAAGUCCUCCCUGGAGCACAUGGACGCCAUGGAGCUGGACUUCCGCAUGCGGCUGGCCGAGGUGCAGCGGCAGUACAAGGAGAAGCAGCGCGAGCUGGUGAAGCUGCAGCGGCGCCGCGAGUCCGAGGACAGGCUCGAGGAACCCCAUAGAAGCUUGGCACGCAGAGGCCCUGGCAGGCCACGGAAACGGACCCACGCCCUGAGCGCCCUGUCGCCCCCCCGCAAGAGAGGGAAGAGCCGCAACAGUAGCGGAAAGCUGAGCAGCAAGCCCCUGCUGACAUCGGAUGCCUACGAGCUGGGAGCCGGCAUGAGGAAGAGACACAAGGGGCCUGAGGAGGAACACGACGCCCUCGUGGGAACGGGGAAAGUGAUGGGGCGGAGCCAGCCUUGGGACGAGCACGAAGCCCCGUCGGACUUCAUGAGUCAGCUGAAGAUCAAGAAGAAGAAGAUGGCCAGCGACCAGGAGCAGCUGGCAAGCAAGCUGGACAAGGCCCUCUCCCUCACCAAGCAGGACAAGCUGAAGUCCCCCUUCAAGUUCUCAGACAGCUGUGGGGGGAAGCCCAAGCCGGGCGCGGGCUGCGGCCGGUACUUGACGCCGUAUGACAGCCUGCUGGGCAAGGACAGGAGGGCGCUGGCCAAAGGCCUCGGCCUGUCUCUCAAAGCCGCCAGAGAAGGUAAACACAAACGGGCCGCCAAAGCCAGGAAGAUGGAGGUGGGCUUCAAGGCCCGCGGCCAGCCCAAGUCGGCCCCCUCCCCGUUCGCCUCGGAAGCGAGCAGCUACUCCUACAAUACGGACUCGGAGGAGGAGGAGGAGUUCCUGAAGGAUGAGUGGUCCGCCCAAGGCCCCUCCGGCUCCAAGCUGACAUCUUCCCUCCUGUGUGGCAUGGUGGCCAAGAGCAGCAAGCCGCCCGGGGGCCCCAAGCUGCCCAAGAGGGGCCUGGCGGCCGCCCGGACUCUGAAGCCCAAGCUGGCGGGCAGGAAGCAGCCGUUCUGUUUGCUGCUGCGGGAGGCGAUCAUCGACGUGCGGCCGGCCUCCACACGCUUCUUGCCGCAAGGGACCAGGAUCGCCGCGUACUGGAGCCAGCAGUACCGCUGCCUCUACCCGGGCACUGUGGUCCGAGAAGUUCCACCAACUGGCUGGGGCCCGUGUACGUGAGCGGUGGUCCUGGGU